UUUAUAGGGUUUUGUGCGCCAUGGAUAGGUACACGAAGGUGGAGCAGAAGAAACCGGAUAUACCUAUCAACGAGAAUGAGAUCAGAAUCACUUCCCAGGGCUUGGUUCGUAACUACAUCAGCUACGCUACUACUCUUCUUCAGGAGAGACGUGUGAAAGAAAUUGUCCUGAAAGCGAUGGGACAGGCAAUUAGCAAGACAGUAGCCAUUGCAGAGAUUAUUAAGAGAAACAUUCCUCGAUUGCAUCAAGAUACUUUCAUCAGUUCAAUAAGCAUAACUGAUGUAUGGGAACCCAUCGAAGAGGGUCUUCUGCCUGUGGAGAUGACUCGCCAGGUCUCAAUGAUAUCGAUUACCUUGUCGACUAGGGAGCUAAACAAGAAUUCACCUGGGUACCAAGCUCCACUCUAUGUGGAACGACCAAGGCCACAAAAUAACAACUAUCAACGACAACAACAACCAAGAAUGGCACAACAAGCAUAUAAUGCGGUAAAUGAAGAGGCAUAUGGCGGAAACUAUCAUGGAAAUAGGGGGCGUGGUCAAGGUGGGGGAAGAGGUGGGAGAGGCCGUGGUUGGAACAGGGGUGGAUAUGGGAAUCAAGGGGGAGGAUAUGGAAGUUAUCAAGGGGAUGGUUACAGAAACUAUCAAGGGGGAGGUGGAUAUGGUAACUACCAGGGAGGCAGGGGAUAUGGGAAUUAUCGAGGAGGCAGGGGGGGAUACGGAAACUAUCAAGGUGGUGGUGAAUAUGGAAAUUAUCAAGGUGGCGGUGAAUACGGAAACUAUCAAGAUAACAAUGGUUACCCAAACCGCGGCAGAGGCGGUGGACGUGGGGGAAAUGCAGGCUAUCGUGGUGGGUUCGGCAGAGGUGGCAAUGGCAGGGGUGGCGGUGGUGGCGGCGGCAGAUUCAACGGGCGAGGUAGGGGAAGGAUGGGGGGACGAGGUAGGGAUGGUGGUGAUCAGCAGCAACAGUAG